GGUUUCGGUUAUUCCUAGUCGUUGAGAAAUCUAACCUUAAAAUCGUUCAAGUCAUUCCUUCACUAGUUUAAAUGUUAAUAAAGUGAUAAAUAUUGUUUGAUUUUGUUAUAGCACGUUGUAUUAAUACUUAUAAUAAUCAAACUUCCUUUCAUUUAAACUCUCAAUCACAAAUUGCGUUGCAAUUAUAAAUAUUUUUAACCUCUAAAAUGAUUGUAGCUUUUUUUUGAUAAACAAUUUUAUCGUUUCAAUUUAAUCUAUAAAAUGGAUAUAAGAUCAUAUUUUAAACCAACUACGAGCACAUCAUAUAAACCUGAAGCUAAGCAAAAAAAGAAGCGGCCCCUAAUUGUUGAUUCAAGUGAUGAUGAUGUCGUCGAUGCAACCCCUGAUAAGCCAUCUAACAGAGAUAAAAAACCAAUUAAGCGACAAAAAGUGACCCUUAGCUCAGAUUCGGAUGAAGAUUUAUCUAAAAAACGCAAACAAAAACCUAAAACACCUUCUAAAGUAAAUGCAGCUGAUGUGUUUGGUAGCACUCCGGUUAAACAAACAAAAGUAGAGAAGGUUAAUAGUAAAGAAAAGUCAAAAUCUGAUUCUAAACUCACAGAAACGGAAAUACAUAAUGAUCCUGAUUUUGAAAAAACUUUACUUGAACUUGAUGAAGAUUUGUUAAUUGAAAAUGCUGAUAUUCUUGAUAAAACCAUUGAAGAAGCUUUGGAAAAAGACUCAAAGAAAAAGAAGACACCAAAUAAAAAACGAAAGAAAUCUAAAGAAGAAGAUGAGGAUACAGGAAUUGAUCCGGAUCAGGAAAGACAUGAAAGAAAACGUUAUUCCGCUAUCUUAUAUCAGAAAUAUUUAAAUCGAAGUGGUCCAAUUCAUCACGGAGAAAAGGAAUAUCCAAAUGGAACCGCAAACUGUUUAAAAAAUCUUUGUUUUGUAAGAACUGGUGUAUUAGAUUCCUUAGCAGAGAGUGAGUUUACAAGUUUAGUGGAAAAACAUGGUGGUCGAACAGUAAAUAGCAUCUCAAAAAAAGUGAAUUAUUUAGUCGUCGGGGACCAAGCUGGUCCAUCUAAAACAGAAAAAGCUAGAAAUUACAAUAUUCCAUUUUUAAAUGAAAACGAAUUUUUAGAUUUGAUACUUGUUAAAUCAGGUAUGAAACCUAAAUAUGCUGUGAAAGAGGAAAUAAAUGCAGAUAAAGAUGAUGAACCUGAAGUUAUUGGCGACAUUAAAAAGAAAUCACCUGAAAUAAAAGAGGUGAUAAAAGUGAAAAAAGAAAAUAAUGAUGAUUUAAAAGUUAAAAAAGAAAUUGUUGAGAAAAAGAAUGUUGUUCCUAAAGAAAUUAAAAAAGAAAUUGUUGAGAAAAAGAAUGAUGUUAUUCCUAAAGAAAUUAAAAAAGAAAAUAAAUUACCUGAAAAUAAAAAGAUAGUGCAGGAAAUAAAAGAAUCUGCUAAAGAAAUGAAAAUAGAAAGUUCCAUAAUUGAUGAUGAAACUAAAGCUUGGACUGAGAAAUAUAAACCAAGUAAUAUUAAAGGAAUUAUUGGACAACAAGGUGAUAAAAGUAACAUGAAAAAGUUAUUAAGUUGGCUUCAAAAUUGGGAUAAAUAUCAUGGGGUUGGAAAACGUAAGAUUAAAGUAGAUAGACCGACUCCUUCCUUUUCACAACAAGAUGGUAGUUAUUUUAAAUGUGCACUGUUAAGUGGACCACCAGGAGUGGGAAAAACAACUACAGCUACAUUAGUUUGUAAAGAAUUAGGAUAUGAUAUUGUUGAAUUUAAUGCUUCUGAUACAAGAAGUAAAAAGUUAUUACACGAAGAAGUAUCACAAUUACUGUCUACUACAUCACUUGCAGGAUAUUUUAAAAAUGGUUUAGCUCCAACAAAAAAACACGUUCUUUUAAUGGACGAAGUUGAUGGAAUGGCAGGAAAUGAAGAUCGUGGUGGUAUACAAGAGUUAAUAAGUUUAAUAAAAAAUACAAACAUACCUAUAAUCUGUAUGUGCAACGAUAGGAAUCAUCCGAAAAUUCGUUCAUUAGUGAUGUAUUGUUUUGAUUUACGAUUUACUAAACCACGGUUGGAACAAAUUAGGGGCGCCAUGAUGAGUAUUUGCUUUAAAGAAAAUAUAAAAAUUACUCCUCAAACUAUAACAGAAAUAAUAACAGCAACGGAAAUGGAUAUUCGCCAAACAUUGAAUAAUUUAUUUAUGUGGACAACGAAUAAUAAAUCAGAUAAAGCAGAAAAUAGCGCUAAAACGGCUAAAAAAGAUCUCGUUUUGGGGCCAUGGGAGGUUAUAAGAAAAGUAUUUUCAGAAGAAGAUCAUAAAACGAUGAGUUUAUCUGAUAAAUCAAGGUUAUUUUUUUAUGAUUACAGCAUUGGGCCAUUAUUUGUACAUGAAAAUUAUUUACACGUUGUACCUCAUUGUCCAAAGGGAAAAUUUUUGGAAAAUUUUGCUAAGACCGCCGAUUCAAUAAGCAUGGGUGAUAUCAUCGAUAAAAAAAUAAGAAGUGGUAAUAAUUGGUCGUUAUUAUCAAUCCAAGCGAUCUUUUCAAGUGUUUUACCUGGUCAUUACCUCGAGGGUCAUUUUGGUGGCCAAAUUAACUUUCCAGGCUGGCUUGGAAAGAAUUCUGCUAGAUCAAAACAUCGGCGAUUAAUAACCGAGUUACAAUCUCACAUGAGAACUAGUAUUUCUGGUAGUCGAAACGACGUAAAUUUAGAUUACAGCUAUUUCAUUCGAAAUAAAAUAAUAAAACCAUUAAUAAAAAAUGGAAACGAAGGUGUUAAUGACUCCGUUGCAGUCAUGAACACUUACAAUUUAUUAAGAGAAGAUUUAAGUAACUUAAUACACGUUACUUCUUGGUCAAAACAAAGCGAUCCUAUGGCUAUGGUUGAUAGCAAAGUUAAAGCUGCUUUUACACGAGCUUACAAUAAAAACGUUUUGCUUCCAUAUGCUUCUGCAACAACGGUUAAAAAGAAGGCCUCUUCUUAUUUAGAAGAAGAUAAUUUAAACAGUGAAAAUGAUGAAAAUUUAAGUGAUGGUGAUGAAGAAGAUGUUUCUAAAGACUCUAUGGUAACUGCUAAAAAAGCAAAGAAACCAGUAAAAGGAGGCGAGAAAAAACCAGCAGAAAAAAAGCCGGGUAGAGGAAGAGGAAAGAAGAAAUGAAUUUAUUUUUAUUUUACAUUCAUUAUUUUGAAUCACUUUAUUGAUCAAACAUAUUUCUGUACUAAUCUCCUUUUAUUAUUGAUCAAAUAAAGUUGCUUUUCAAACA